UUGGACAAAUCAGAGCAGCUGCCUCUUCGGGAAACCAUCGCAAGAAAGAAAGACAAAGUGGAGCCCAGCACAAUACAUCGCCAAGAUUUGUCCUCUGGAAUUAUAAACUUUUUUUCACGGCCUCUUUCGCCUCGGCUAGUCGCUUUCAGAAUGACGACGAUGUACAAGUUGGUGGCUACGUUUGUUUUGACUCAUUAAUGCAUUUAAGGGAAUACAUAGUUAUGUAUUGAAUGAGUUUUGUUGGCUACCGAUCCCCGAGCAGAGAUCGUUUUGGGGCAGUACCGGAGAGAGACCGAGGGCGAAGGAAAACACCGCAACGAGCACAUUUUUCCUCCCGCUCGACAUGAACCUCAUCGGGGGCUACCAGCAUCACCACCACCUGAUGCACGAACCCUUCCCGUUUGUCCAGCGGUGUCACCAGGAUGCGCCGUACUUCCAGAGCUGGGUGGUGAACCACAGCGAGGUGCCCCCGGACUUCCAGAUCCAGGCGCCGUACCCGGCCGCGGAGCACGGAGCGCCCGGAGCGACGCACGACGCCCGUCUCGAGGGGCUCCAGGCGGGGAUGGGGAAGAGGAGGACGUCGGGGCCGAAGAAGGAGCGCCGGCGGACGGAGAGCAUCAACACAGCUUUCUCCGAGCUCAGGGAGUGUAUCCCCAACGUCCCGGCCGACACGAAACUGUCUAAAAUUAAAACUUUACGCCUGGCGACCAGUUACAUCGCCUAUCUGAUGGACGUCCUGGCUAAAGACACCGGGGAGACAGAGGGCUUUAAGGCCGAAAUUAAGAAAUUUGAAAACCGGGAUAUGAAAAGGAAACGGGAGCCGACUGACGGCCUGCAGGAGUCAUUAGGAGCCGAGAAGAAGGUGAAGGGCCGGACCGGGUGGCCGCAGCAGGUCUGGGCUCUGGAGCUCAACCAGUGACCCUCUUCCUCCUCUUCCUCCUCCUCCCCUGAGAAAAAACCUCCUCAGACUCUGGCUUGAAAUUGUAAAUAAAAAAACAACAACCACUGACUGACUGAACACAAACACACCGCUGUGCACGUGCAAUGAUGCGCAAAAGGAGAGAGAAUUAAAGGACAACAUGCAAACAAGGUGAGCUGCGGAGGAAAACAACACGAUGGACAAUUUGUUGAUCUUCUUCCCUCCUUGUGCAGUUUCUAACUCUCUCUCUCUCACACACACACACACACACACACACACACACACACACACACACACACCUGACUGUAUCAUAUUUGUGGCAUUUCUGCUUUUUGAUGUUUCCACCCUUCCAGUGCUGUAGACCAGAUGUGGCCACGGUGUCAAAAAAAAAAUGAAAAGGAACAUCUGUCUCCCCUAAAAAUGUAUUUUUAUCUGGUGUGGUGUGGUGAUGUUUUCCACGUCUGAUGGCGCUGGAGCAGAAAAUAAAUACAUUAUAACAAAUGUCAUGUGGUGUAAAUGCACAGUAUGUGUCCGUCAGUGCAAACAUGAUAUUUAUUUUAUUCUUUGCUUGGGAUUUUAUUUUUUAGUUUCUUUGUAAUUUAUGACAAAUCAGUCACACGAGCUGCACAGCACAAUAUUUAAAAAAUAGAUUUCUCAGAGUGAGUUACCAGAAACAGGAUAAUAAAAGAUUGUUGUCCAAUCAGAAAAGCAUUGUGACACACACAUAUCUUAUAAUACUUUCAUUUUAAUUAUAACUUUAAUAAAACUGUUCUGGCACACUUAACAUCUUUUCCAUGUGUAGCAUGUUGUCAGUUGGUUUAGUACCACUUGGAAAUUAAAUUAUUUAAGUUUUUUUGCAUAAAUUC